UAGGUCGCGGGGUACGUUAUCUCGUAGAAGUGUAGUUACCUUUUGAACAAGUGACAGGCUUACAAGAAGAAGGAACAGAACUUUUUCGUAACUUCGCCUUUUCCUCUUCAUCAUGGAGGCUCGGGUCCAUUUCUACCGUGAGGAAAUCAACAGCACGGUGUGGGAAGUCCCGGAGAAAUACACAAUGCUCAAACAGAUAGGGACCGGGGCGUACGGCUCCGUGUGCUCAACAAUAAAUGAGAAGACUAAAGAGAAAGUGGCCAUCAAGAAGCUCCACAGGCCCUUUCAGUCAGAGAUCUUUGCUAAGAGGGCCUACAGAGAGCUCCGACUGCUUAAACACAUGAAGCAUGAAAACGUGAUAGGACUUGUUGAUGUGUUUUCACCUGCCACCAGCCUCGAUGAAAUGCAGGACUUCUACCUGGUGAUGCCUUACAUGUUUACUGACCUAUCCAAGGUGCGAGGUCAUCUCACAGAAGACAAAGUCCAGUUUCUCGUCUACCAGAUGCUCUGUGGACUCAGGUACAUUCACAAGGCUGGGAUCAUCCACAGGGAUCUUAAGCCUGGAAACUUGGCUGUGAACCAAGACUGUGAACUGAAGAUCCUGGACUUCGGGCUGGCUCGCAGUACCGAUGCCGAGAUGACGGGCUACGUAGUGACCCGUUGGUACCGGGCGCCUGAGGUCAUUCUGAACUGGAUGCACUACACCCAGACUGUGGACAUCUGGUCUGUGGGCUGCAUCAUGGCAGAGAUGAUCAAUGGAAAAACCCUUUUCAAAGGGAGAGACUACAUGGACCAGCUGACACAGAUCAUGAAAGUGACUGGAGUACCUGGAGCAGAGUUCGUACAGAAGCUGGACAGUCCAGAGGCCAAAACUUACAUUAAGGCCCUUCCUCGCUAUCCUAGAAAAGACUUCUCAACGUUGUUCCCCAGAGCCAGCGCAAAGGGUAUCGACCUGCUGGAGAAGAUGCUGGUUCUGGAUGGAGACGAGAGACCCACAGCCGAACUAGCUCUGGAGCACCCGUAUUUCGACACUCUUAGGGACCCAGACGACUUACCUUCACCUAUGCAAUAUGAUGACAGCCAUGACAACGCCACAUUAUCCCUGGACGAGUGGAAGAGGUUAUGCUUCAGAGAGGUGAAAAGCUUUGUGCCGUUCCCACGACGGGACUCCAAGAGGAAAAAUGCCUUGACCAUGUCUCCGUGACCCGAUGAAUGUCUUGUAACUACUGAUGCCCCAACCUACACAGCAUACAGCCAAUGGUGCCCUUGUAUAUUCCAACCAUGGAUUCACUCUAUCUUCUACCCUGGAUAUGUUUAGAUUUUGAAUCAGUGUUCAGACGAGUGAUUAUAUUAAAACUGUCAUGCCUAUUUUUUUUGUGCAAUUGUUUCUUAAGUGUGGAUUGCUCGUCAUGUUACACAUUCCCUAUCAGUUGACUGUCUUGAAAAUGAAUUGUGACAAAAUGUCACAGGGUUUACUGUAAGAUUUACUGUAAUGUUGUUUUCCAAUUAAACAAUAAAACAAGAAGUGCACAACUAGUAAAUGUUGCUGCCCGAGA